AGUCACUACAGAUGUGCCCAAAAUGAAGUUAAGAACACGGUUCUGCAAGAAGAGCUCCAUAAAAGCGUCAGAGAACGCGGCAGAGAGCACUCCACAGCCAAACAACUAUCCACUGAGCUGUGUGGACUGGAGCAGCAACGAGGAAAUUUAUUUUGUGAGCGAUGACCAUCAAAUAUUCAAGUGGAGCGACGUAAGCCGCGAUUCCGUGGAGGUGGCCAAACUGCCAGAUGACUUUGUGCCCACGGAUCUGCACUGGCUGCUGCUGGGCGGUCGCAGCAGCGGCGGUGGCAAGGGCAGCGACACGCUGCUCAUCUGCAGCAGCGACGGACGCUUCAUCAUCCUCAACAAGAGUGCGCGAGUGGAGCGCAGCAUCUCGGCACAUGGUGCAGCCAUCAGUUCGGGCCGCUGGAGUCCGGAUGGCGCUGGUUUGCUCACCGCUGGCGAGGAUGGGGUCAUCAAAAUCUGGUCAAGAUCGGGCAUGCUGCGCUCCACGGUCGUGCAGAACGAGGAGGCCAUUCGCUGUGCCCGCUGGGCGCCCAAUUCCACCUCGAUUGUGUUUUGCCAGGGUGGACACAUAUCCAUCAAGCCGCUGGCAGCCAACAGCAAGUCGAUUAGGUGGCGUGCCCAUGAUGGUCUGGUGCUCUCCUUGAGCUGGUCCGCGCAGUCCAACAUUAUAGCCUCUGGCGGCGAGGAUUUUCGCUUUAAGAUCUGGGAUGCACAGGGCGCAAAUCUGUUCACCAGCGCCGCGGAGGAGUAUGCCAUUACAAGUGUGGCUUUCAAUCCCGAAAAGGACUUUCUGCUGGUGGGCACUUUCAACAUGCUGAAGCUGUGCCACAGCACGGGGUGGUCCUACAACAGCGCUCGCUUCACCGCGCCCAGUGUGGGUUCCUUUUUCACUCUGGCCUGGUCCGCGGAUGGCACUCAGGCAGCCUGCGGCACCUCCACGGGGCAGCUAAUUGUGGCCCAUGCCGUGGAGCAGCAGCUCAUCUCGCGGAAUCUCAAGGCCACCAGCACCAGUCGGAAGUCCAUUGCGCUGCGCGACAUUGCCAAUGGCAGUCGGGAUGUGCUGGACUUUCCUCAGCGGGUAAUCAACUUUGGGCUGGGCUAUGGGCACUUGGUGGUGGCCACCACACACCAGGUUCACAUCUACAACGAGAAGUACAUCAACACGCCGAUCAUCAUCGAUGGCAGGAACGACACGAGGGUCAUUGAAGUGGGCAAGAAGUCUAUACUUUUUAUGAUAUUGGAUGCCUCUUCCAUCUGGGUCUACACCUACACCGGUCGCCUGCACUUGAAUCCCCGCUAUCCCGGCUCUCAGGCCCAGCUGCCGCUGCUCACGUGGCGCUCUCUGUCCCUGGGCCUCGAUGUCCUGGCCAUUCGCGACAACUCCGACACGAGUCUGCUGCACCUCUUUGACCUGAUGCCUGGUGCCUCGCGGCAGUACGAUCCUCACUCGCUGAAGGCCAAGCAGCAGCUGGCGGAGAUCGCCGCCUGCCGUGCCGGCACGCAGGACGAUCAGUUCGUGGCCUUCAUCGAUGCCAAUCGGGAGCUGUACAUCAGCGAGACGCGGAAUCUGAGUGGCGAGCGACAGGACGAGAUCCACAAAAUUGGCACCCAGCUCACGGCCAUCAAGUGGGCCAGCGAAACGAAUAUCCUCGUGGGCUUGCACGAUUCCUGCUACAGCAUUUGGUAUUGCCCCGGCGAGGGAGCCUCCGAUCCGACCAUCAUAGCCUUAACGACAAUCACCCUGGACACGGCGGAAUUCGGCAAGCACAUCACCAUCGAUGGCUUCGAGGAUGCUGUGGUCACAUUUCGUUGCGCCGGCGCCCUGCUGCCCGUCAACGUCAGCAUCUACUGUGAGGUGCUGCAUCGCACCCUGAUCGAGGGACAGUGGCAGCAGGCCCUGAAGAUCUGUCGCAUGGGCCAGCACUCGAGUCUGUGGGCCACACUGGCGGCAGUCGCCACCAGGAAGCAUCAGUUGCAGCUCAGCGAGGAGGCCUACUCGGCAGCGCUGCAGAUCGACAAAGUCAGCUACUUGCAGCACCUGAAGACCCUGACCCCUUCGAGUGCCGAGCAGAUGGCCGAGAACUCCCUGAUGCUGGGCAGAAUGCUCGAGGCGGAGACCAUUCUGCUCCACAAUCGCAAGUACCAGCAGGCAGUGGGUCUGGCCCUGCGCAUGCACAACUGGCGCAGGGCUCUGGAGAUUGCCCAGAAGCAUCAGGCGGAGGAGCCCGGCCUGGACAUGCUGCAGAAAGUGCUGGAGGAGCGCAGGAAGUAUCUCAAGGCACUGCAGCGGGAAGAGUGGGAGCCGCUGUACCUGCCCCACGUGCUGGUGGAAAAGGAGGGGAGUUCCAGUGAAUAAAGCAGAGAAAUC